AUGCUAAAGCAAUGGGACAUUGCAUUGCCACAUGUGGAGUUUGCUUACAACAGUGCUGUUCAUUUUUCCACAGGAAAAUCACCAUUUGCUAUUGUUUACACUUUGGUGCCUAGGCAUGUGGUUGACCUGGUCAGGCUUCCAAUGGCCCAGAAGACUAGUGUAGCUACUGAAAAUAUGGUUGAACAGGUUCAGACUGUGAGGGAAGAAGUGAAGGAAAAGCUAGAAAGGAUCAAAGCCAAAUUUAAAGUCACCACUGACAAGCGCCGCCGUGUGAAGUUGUUCCACGAAGGAGACUCCUUAAUGGUUUACUUAAGGAGAGAACGUUUCCCAGUUGGUACCUACAACAAACUGAAAUCUCGGAAGUAUGGCCCCUACAUAGUUUUGAAGAAGAUAAAUGACAAUGUCUAUGUCGUGGAUCUUCGUUAUUCAAUGAGCAUAUCGAGCACUUUCAAUGUUGCGGAUUUACAUGAGUUCCAUGAUGAUGAGUCAAUUUAUUAUGAUGAUAACUCGGGGUCGAGUUCUUCGGAAGUGGAAGGACUGAUGUAG